AUGGUGUCUUCUGGACUUUUGAGGAUCCUGGUGGUAUCCAUCCUUCUAGAGAAUGUCCAAGGAUUUAGUCUGACUAACUUGUUCUCUCCAAGGAGAUGCCCCAGAAUCCGAGAGAAAUGCCAAUUCAAAGAAAGGGAUGAAUGUUCGAAGAACAAAGCCUGUCCGGACAAGAAGAAGUGCUGUGUCUUCAACUGUGGGAAAAAAUGUUUAGACCUCCAACAAGAUAUAUGCAGUUUGCCGAAAAAUCCUGGUCCCUGCAUGGCUUUUUUUCGUCGUUGGUGGUAUGAUAAGAAGAAUGAUACCUGUUCCACGUUCAUCUAUGGUGGCUGCCAAGGAAACAAUAACAACUUCCAAACCAAAGACCUGUGUCAGAAUAUGUGCUCCAAAAAACACACGUGUCCCAAAAUCAAAGUACAUUGUGAUACGAACGAAAUAAACCAAUGUCUAAAGAGCAGACAGUGCCCAGAGAAGAUGAAGUGUUGCAACUUUAACUGUGCAAGGAAAUGUUUAAACCUCAAACAAGGUAACUCAGAAAUCCUCUGA